GUUUGUGCCACUUGCUCCAAAUUUCUUGACAGCGGUGCGGGCUAUCUAUCUGCAACGUGACUCCGUUGUUUUUCGAAAGGUCUUACAUUUAAGGUGUCACAAUGAAUCAGUAUCAAGGAGGAACAUCAGGACGGCCGCCACAACUUUAUGGAAACACAAACCAACAGAACAUGCUUGGAAUGCCGACAAACCAAAUGCAGCUGAUGCAGCCUCAUCAACUUCAUUCCGAUGACCAAGAUGAACAUCAACAGCAGCGUCUCGGCGGCCAGGGUCAAUCCUCGAAUCCCAGCAUGCUGCAAGUCCCAUCCUCAGGUUUCGGACUCGGAAGUGGUUCCGGGUUAUCAGGAAACAUGUCGUUAACUACGACUACCAGUAUGUACCCGCAGACACCUCUCACUCCGAUGACGCCAGCCACACCAGGAAGCAUGGAACCAUCGGGGAUUGUCCCACAACUUCAGAACAUUGUAUCUACCGUCAAUCUCGGCUGUCGCUUGGAUCUGAAGAAGAUUGCUCUUCAUGCCAGAAAUGCCGAGUACAAUCCAAAGAGAUUUGCAGCAGUGAUCAUGCGGAUACGAGAUCCAAGAACAACGGCUCUGAUCUUUAGCUCUGGUAAGAUGGUGUGCACAGGAGCCAAGAGCGAACAGGAGUCUAGACUAGCAGCUAGAAAAUACGCCAGGGUUGUACAGAAACUAGGUUUUCCUGCCACAUUUAUGGAUUUUAAGAUUCAAAACAUGGUCGGCAGCUGUGAUGUGAAAUUUCCUAUCAGGCUAGAGGGUCUUGUACUCAAGCACAGUCAGUUCUCAAGUUAUGAGCCAGAGUUAUUCCCGGGUCUGAUUUACAGAAUGGUCAAACCUAGGAUAGUAUUGCUGAUAUUUGUCUCUGGAAAAGUUGUCCUUACAGGUGCUAAAGUCCGACAAGAAAUUAAUGAUGCCUUCAAUAACAUCUAUCCAAUUCUCAAAUCCUUCAAGAAGACGUCAUAGUAUCUCAGAGCUCAAUAUGUAAAGACUUUACUCCCAAGUGUGGACACAAAUAUUUUUGUAGCGACAUCCAAAGUAAGGAAGUGUUUGAAGCAGUGGCUCUGGCUACUGAGACGGGUACAUCUGUGAGUUAUUAGCCACAGCCAGAACUAAGUACACUUAGAUGAUGUCUAGAAAGUCUUCCGCUGAGAUUGUGGUAAAUACUGCAGCCCAGGAUUUGUGCCAAAACUAUACCUGUAUGGGAUGAUUUGAAUUGACGUCAGCGUGAUGAUAAACUGUCGAGCCGUUGUGUGGAAGUCUUUAGGUUAAGGUCUUUCUUUGAUGGUUGCCAGUGCUGGUUCAUACUUCCUGUGAAUGUAAUACAAAUUUUGACGUCACAAAUUUGCUUUGAAUAUUUCGCAACAGUUUAA